CGGGUCUUGAAUCAUAAACAAGUUAACGGGUUCGGAUUUGCAACUUCCAAUUCAAACCGGAUCCGUUGGCGAGCGUAGCCUCGUAGGCACAGUCACAUCCCUUGGAAAUUAUUUGGUCAAAUUCAUGGUUUAUCACUUGUAGCAUACCAGUACACUGAGUGAGCGGAAAUGAGGAAGCUGAGAUGGGCCAUGGAUGCUGGAGGGUUUUGGGACUUGGAUUUAUCGACGCCGGUGACUCUCGACGGUCAGGCACGUCCGGUUCCUGGAGACCCGCUUCCUUUGGGGCUUUCUCGUGGGCAUAGGCUUUCCAGGACUAGACAAGUCGAUUUCUUUCAGCGUUUCAUGCUCUUGCCCUUUGUCCCUUCAGUAGCCGCUUGCAGCGGAUUUUUAGUUCAACGGGCAAUUUCUCUUAACAUUUGUGAAAAUUGGAUUACAACAUUGCUUGGUCAGCUAAAUGUGCAGAAACUUAUCUCUGCUAUCAGGAACAAAGGACCUGAGUUCCCAUUGGAAUCCUCGUGGCUGCAAACUGUUAGGAAACAGCUUAAUGAUAAAUCUCUUUAUGCCCUUAAUAUUUGUUCGGAGAUUUUGCUAACACCAGAGGAUAUGUUACUCGUUAGCUAUACACAUGGUGAUGAUAGGACCCAUAGGAGAAAAGCAGUUAUUCACCACAAGGCAAGAUUGUAUGCUCUUCAUAAUUAUCAUGAUUGGUUAGAGACCAUUCGUGUAGUUUCCAAAUCACGAUCUUACCGUUGAGGCAGCUUGGCCUGGACUGUUCGUUGAUCAGCUUGGGAAUUAUUGGGAUGUACCAUUUGCUCUUGCCUUUGAUCUUGCAUCAAUUGCUGCUGAGUCCGGCUUAAGCUAUCAUCUGUUAGUCAACAACAACACAGGUUUACCUAAACAGUGCCAUGGCCAACCGCUUACCAAAGAAGUGCCCCCUUCUUUACUUCAGGGGUUUUGUGCCAAAACUGCAGUUUCCAUGAAAAAAAGUAUUGAUCUCUGGAGAAGUGAAGCAUCUCUGUUGAAAAUGGUGCAACCUUACAACAUACUCAUGUCCAGUCCACACAUUUCUGCCUCAGGCAUACUUGGUGUAGUUUUAUCUGCAUACCAAGGAGAGAAUUCAGCUAGUUCAAAAAGUGAAGAUGAGUCACUGCCUUUCAGAAAAUUUUCACUUCGAACCCAAGGAGAAAAUUCUGCUCUUUCAGCAGACUUAUUUGCAUCUUUUUCUUUAUCAGCGCAACAUGGAAAUUUCCAAAGGCUCUUUCUGGAUCUAAGUAAAUUUGAUGCACGCUUUGAUAUACCAUCUGGGUCGAAAUUCAUUUCGGGUUUAACUUCUGUGGCACAUCACCUUUACAAGUCUCAAGUCCCAAGUACGGAAGCAAUUCCGGCAAUUUGUCCGAAUGCCAUGGUUUCGUUUCAACAACAGAUUGCAGGGCCCUUCAGCUUAAGGGUUGACUCGGAAAUAGCCAUUGAUGUGAAGGACUUUCGUCCCAGAGUAAAGAAUCCUGUAUUUGCACUUGAAUAUGCACUUAAAGUUCUUGGGUCUGCUAAGGCUGUUGCAUGGUAUUCACCAAAUCAAGAAGAGCUUAUGUUAGAACUGCGCUUUUUUGACAGUUAAAAAGGCAACAGUGGAAUAUCAAUAUAGCUCGCCUAGUUUGUUCAUUUCAGCACUCCCGUCUGCAUAUUAUUUUUAUGGAUUCCUUUUUUAAUUAUGAUUUUCACAACAAUGUCAUUGUAUUUGUAUCUGUAUAUUCUUUUAAUGCAUAAAAUUUAUAGAUUUCAGAGUCACAGAUGCUUUAGUUGAACUGAUGAGUUUCACUUGAA